UUUUCGAUGAAUCCAGUGUUACUUCGUCGAGUAAUUGAAAAAGAACAAGAUCUCUUGUUGGUUUCGCCAUUUUGUAAUCGCACCAAGUCGAAUAUGACGUGAACGCAACCAGCGUCACCGCGUUCACUUCAAAUCGAACACGUUUUAGUUAGCGUUAAUAACGCACUCGAACCGAAGCACCGGGCGGCGACGCAUGGUUGUCCUGUUGUCGUUUUCGUCGUGUUUAGGGAAGCAAUGUCAGUUAAUGAAUCAUUUCGAUUUAUCAUUUUAAAUGACAUUAGCCUAAAAAUAAAGUGUUGAAAUUUUCCAUUCGACUCGAAUGAUUACACCAGUCGGAAAUUCAGUGAAACUCGACUUUUCAACAACAUGAGUCAUCAAUGUAAGCUCAGUCCUACUGUGGUAGCCUACCAAGAUUUCAAUGCAAGUGCUGAUGCACAAGUAUUAUCAAAAGCAAUGGAGGGAAUUACGACUGAUAAAAAUGCCAUCAUCGAUGUACUUGCAAAUCGAACUAAUUUGCAGCGCCAGGAAAUCGUUUCUCAAUUCAAGGCAAUCUAUAAAAAAGAUCUGUUAACGAAUUUGAUAUUGAGGAGCAGCGGAAAUUUUGCAGAUCUAUUGGUUGCUAUGAUGACUCCAUUGCCCCAAUAUUAUGCAAAAGAACUGCACGACCAAAUGUGCCAAGCUGGCACUGAGGAAAGCGUCCUUAUUGAAGUACUGUGUACUCUACCCCAUGAGGAAAUUCUUGCUGUGAAACAAGCUUAUGAAACCAUGUAUGGAAAUUCCUUGGAGGAUGAUUUGUUGACUGAUGCAUUUGGUAAUUUGAAGCGACUGGUGGUAGCGGUAUGUUGUAUUUCUCGUAGUGAAUACCUCCGAUACGACUUGGAAGGGAUGGUCAUGAGGAUCCGGCAUUUAUCAGAGCAUGAACAGGAUCCGGCACCCUAUGAACCUUUCUACAUGCCUGACAUUCGAUUUGAAUCUGAACCACUUCAAAUACAUGAAAUUUUCAGGAAAUUCCACCAACGCACUGGAUACAGUAUAGAGGUAGCGAUUGACAAUGGUCUGCCACCAGAUACAAGAAAAGGGCUAUUGGCUGUUGAAAAAUGUGUGAAAGAUCGACCAGGGUUUUUUGCAGAGAAAUUGUACGAAAGCGCAAAGUAUGAAAUUGCUCAACCAUUGACAAGAUUGAUAGUGACUCGAUCCGAAAUUGAUCUUGGAGAAAUCAAAAGAGCUUUCCUCCAUGAAUAUUGUGAACGAUUAGAGAGCCUCAUCGCUGAUAAGUACUCGGGAAAUUACAGAAAUUGUAUUUUGGCUAUUGUCUCGUCGGAGCCAAAAAUUUAGUCGUAUCAAUAUAUUUUUUAUGGAUUCAGUACUUUGUGGGCAUGUUAUCAUAGCCAGACAACUAUACCGUCUUUUGAUACUAAUUUUUCCGAUGUGACAUUUGUUCAAGCCACCAACUUGAAAAGUUAUACCAAGCAUUCAGCAUUCGGGCUCCACCAACAUUACAGAAAUGAUCUGAUCGGCUCUGGUCUCCAUAAUUCAUACGUUUUCUCAUGUAUGGGAAUAUGCUGGACCAUUCCAUACAAGAAUAGAUGAGAAGAACAAUUGCACGGUUCCUGCUUGUACAUUCGGGGACGACACAGAUGAUAACUGAGACGAUUGAGAUGAUUAUUCAUGGGUAUACAAAACCUGGCUCGAAAACUGGAUUGUUCAAAGCCAUACCAACUUCUGCUUCGAGGCUGCAGGAACCAUUCCGAGUAAUAUUCCGGUCAGUCAAAAUUCUUCUAUCUCAACAAUUCUCCAGUGGACAAAUCAGUGCUAUUCUCGAUGAGUGAUAACAACAACCGUAAUGAUAUCACAUUCCGUUCAAACAUAUCAGGAUUCUGCACUUCUUUGAAAAAAACACUUUUUACAUUUCACAGUUUUCAUAUAUUUUUCCAUUUUUCAAGAAAAACUAUUAGAACAGUGCAUUGCACAGGGGAGGAUGUUGAGAGUUUAAAUAACGUGUUGAACAUGAAAUAUUUUAUAUAAAGUAACAAAAGGCUACGUUGAAAAAUUUGUAGAAUUUUAAAACUAGAUAUAAUUUUGAUUUUUGAUAUUUUGGUGUUAAAGGAAUGUUUUGAACUAAUUUAAUGGAAUCUUCAAAGUAUUCCAUUACCAUUUGUACUACCAUACAAAUGUAAUUUUAUCUCUUUCGGUUCAUCGGACUUCCAGGACAUUUUUCUAAAUAUUCCUGGAGGGUUAACCGCUAUCAUAACAUUAAAAAUUCAUCAAUCUUAACAAAUAAGUUACACAUAAUUUUAAUAAUUGUGAGAAUAAAUUUUAUUCGUUCCUUCGAUCAUCGAAAGAGCAAAAAAGCUCAGUUGCUUUUUUGAAUUACAAGUAAGGCAUGAUCUUCCUUAACAUCAAUUUCAGAAUUGCACCCGAGCAGUAACUUCCAACCAUCAUCAAACCGUUGAAACGUUGGGUUUCAUCCUUACAUCCUAAAUGACAAAAAUUCCAAGAAAAAUAUCGUGGCCAAAAAGCUUUUUUCUGAUUGACGAGAUUCAAAACUGAAAUUCAUGGAAUUGAUAUUAGAGAACUCUUCGGUUUUUCCUUCACGGAAUAACGAUUUCGUACAUUUAUUUACGUAUAACCAAGCGAAUAAAUACAAAAUAUUGUCUUCUUUGAUAUUUUUUAGAUUUUGAUAUUCAUUCACGUAGGAAUACGGUCUCGCAGAUAUGAAAGAAUUUCUUCAGUGCCUUUGGUUAGUGUAGCGUGUCUGGGUUGUUUGAAACAAUUUCCCGUGAGUAGAAGCGUUCUAAAAAUGAAAAAUUGAUUUAUUAUUGCCAAGUCUUACUCCUUUCCUUUUGUUUUUGUACGAAAUAGUUGUUUCUCCGUAUUUUCAUGACCUGCAUCUGUUGCGUGCGUUGAAAAAAUGUACGAUUGUGAUGAUCCGUAAUGCAUUUCGAUCAAAACGAUAAACGCACGUGCAGGGAAAAAGGGAGAAACUAAAAAAAUGCUCGUGCUGCUGUUCAAGGCCUUGCUCUUUUUUUACUGUGGGCAAUGCACACACAAAUGAUGCACCAUUUUCUAGCCUAAGUUACUGCAAGCUGCAAAAGCCUGUAUUUCGGGGGAAAAAAGUGAAGAAAAAAAUAAACGAUACAAAUGUCAAUAAAA